AUGGCUUUCAUGGCGGUGUUGGAAUCAGAUCUACGCGCUCUCUCCACCGAAGCUCGACGGAGAUACCCUGCUGUCAAAGACGGAGCGGAACACGCAAUAUUGAAGCUUCGUUCGUUGUCAAGUCCUAGUGAAAUUGCACAUCAUGAGGAUAUAGUACGGAUCUUUCUGAUGGCUUGUGAGGUUAAGACUGUGAAAUUGAGUGUAAUUGGAUUAUCGUGUUUGCAAAAGCUCAUUUCUCAUGAUGCCGUUGCUCCGUCAGCUUUAAAGGAGAUACUUGCUACGCUGAAAGAUGACAUGAAGAUGGCACUAGGAUUUUACAUAAUGAUCUCAGUUGAAAGUGGAAUCUUGGAGGGUUUACUCACUAAGAUCUGUGUUGUAAAAGUCAUGCCUAGGCCUUUGCCUAGGCUUAAGCAUGGUGAAAUGGCAGAUGAGAGUGUUCAACUCAAGACCCUACAAACGAUAUUGAUAAUGCUACAGUCUCGUUUACAACCCGAUAAUGAGGUGAUCAAUGAUAUAUUAGGAGUUAAUCUCAAUGUUGGGUCCUUGGAUAAAGAAGGUGAGAGUGGGGAGGAGGAAUUGAUGGGACUAGAUCCAGUAAAUUGUUUUCCUCUAGCAAUGAUUGCUCCUGAAGUUGGGGGCUGCUGGUUAUACAGUUGGGAGAUCAGUUUCAAUGUGGUGGUGUCAUGCCCCAAUAAUGUAGACUUUAUGAAGCUACUUGAGGAUAUUGAAUACAAUUGA